AUGUUCAAGUGGCUUCAGCUUGUACCGAAGAAAUGUAAUUCAUUUUGCACAAGAAACUUCUACGUCGGUGCAAUUGAUGGCGGGCUUUUGCGUCACGCAUUUCGUACGGACGAUGCAAACAGGGAUGAUCUGCCACUGGUGGACGAUUCGAUUUCGGCAGCGACGGCAUUAUGGCGAAAGGAGGAGCUAUUCCUGCGCCUUAAAAAUCUGCUAAACUGUAGUCACGAGCAAACGGAAAAAUUGUACAAAGCAAACCGAAAGGCGUUGCGUAUCUUUGCACCAAAGCUACUUACAGAUAACAUCGAGCUACUGCGGGCAAAUGGCAUCCAGGAUAAGUUUAUUUACGAGAAUCCACGGGUGCUUUCAACUCCGACAGAGGAACUUGCGACGAAAUUGAAAUUGCUACGAGAACUUCCUGCGGUAGAGGAUAGCAAGAUGCUUUCGCCUUUUCUGAAAGCAUCGCUCAAGUCCAUCCAGCAUAUGAUCGAUGUGGCCAAGCAAGAGACAAUAUCGGGUGGCAAUCGUAUCAAUUACAUCAGUGAACGGACCGGCACAGAAGUUCCUAUUGUGAUUAAAUUCUUUGCCACCAACAUACGUGUGUAUCGUAUCGCGCUGGACAAAUUCAUAUCCAAUUUGAGCAUUUGUUUGGAUCAUCUCGAACCAGCCCAUGUUGUGAGACACCUGUCGGUGUUAGCCUAUGCACCGGCUUCGAUACGCGAACGUUUACAAGGGUUGGAAAAUUCUCCAUUGGAAAAGAUCAAACCGUGGAUGUUGCGCGUCCCGGACAUCGCUCUCGGCAAAUCGUUUGAAGCAGUCAUCGAGAAGGGUAGGCAACCGGUGUUUAAAGAUAGCGUAACAAGCACUUGGUUUGAGACGUACGUGCUUAAGCGUAUGGAGUCAAUGCUCGGUUGCACGGAGGAAACUAGUCGAGAGAUAUACGAAAAGUGUAAUGGUUCGGUCUACCUGGUCGAUAACAUCGAAUUCCUGUUGUCUAAGGGAGUAGUCGCCGAAACGAUCAUUAAACAAGCGGCUGUAUUAAUGACAAAGCGAGAGGAUCUUCAGCAGAAGAUCACCACACUAGGAACGCUCCAGUGUUUGAGGAAUUUAAACGAUGUUAUACCAUUGUGUGUGCUGAAGACAUAUCAGCUAAAAACGAUUGUUAACAAUCUUAACAACGAGCAGCUCGGCCCAAUCAACACGAACCGAAUAUAUUACUUCUCCGAUAAUAUUGGACUUAAACCAAGCGAAGUGACUGAACAAUUUGCUCGUCGAACGUUCAUGUUUCGCGUGCCAAAGGAUAGCUUUCUUGCCAAUCUGAAGCUAUUCUUGGAGCACAUGAACCGAGACGAUAUUUUGGCGGAUCUGUGGGCGUUCAAGUAUUCACCCGGCAUAGUGGCCGAACGUAUCGCACGGGCUAAGGAAGUGCGCGGAAAGAAGCUGAUGCCAUGGAUGGUUCGAUGUCCGGACGUGGUGCUGGAGAAAUCACUACAGCUGACGAAGGACAGUGGUGCAUUGCUGGGCGAGAACGAAACGAUUGUUGAGUAUUUCUGCAAGCGGUUAGGGUUCGACCGUGAGGUAGCCAAUUCGAUCAUCAUAAAAACCCCCUCGGUACGGAACGUGCGCGUUACGAAGGUGAAAAAGGUGAUCGACUACCUGCUAGACGAACUGGACUACAAACCAAAUGACAUAGCGUUGAACCCGCGCAUCCUGAUGCACAGUUUACAGACAACGAAGAAGCGGAUGGCGCAGCUGAAGGAAAUCGGCUGUCGGCCAAAAUCCCUGAUUAUCGUUUGCAAAAGCCAGCGUCAGUACGAUCUGUUCGUAAAGGAAUGGAUGGAUUCGAAGGAGCGGAAAAAAGUACACCAGUAUGGUUAG